AUGACUUCUGAAGGUAGUACUGACUCAGUAAGUUCCACAUUAACAACAACUUCAACAACAACAACGAUUGUACGUUCAAUCGUAACAAUCACUCGACCAGGAGACACUAUUAUUGGAGUAUAUAACACAACGGCUGUGCCUCUACUGGAGGUAAAGAUGGUAGGCACUGGUGACUAUAACGUAGUGGCCCCUGCACCUGGAGUUGGCACUGGUUUCUAUGUUACACCUGCCAUUAGCAAUGCUUCAAUUACCAUAAGUCUUCUCUUUGCAACUGCAAAUGAUUCUCCUAAUCGUGAUCCAAUCACAGUGACUCUCGAAGGAUCCAACGCUAAUGCACUUGAUAAUGGAUCGAGCUGGACACUUAUCUAUAGUGGUUCGACUGGCAUCAGUCACACAGCGGAUCCAGGUCGAAUGGUAUAUGUUACUAGACAAAAUUUUUCGAACACAAUUGCCUAUAGAAGUUAUCGACUUCUUGUUACUUCUCAACGUGCUCCAGAAUGGGGUGUUCAAUAUUCGGAAGCUCAAAUUAUUGGCUAUAUUUAA